UUUCAGCAUGUUGAUCAGGCUGGUCUGGAACUUCUGACCUCAGUGAUCUGCCCACCUCGGCCUCCCAAAGUUCCGGCAUUAUGGGUGUGAGCCACUGUGCACAGCCCCCCUUCAAUUUUAAAACCAUCACUAUGCACCUUAUGCCUAUGCUAGGCACUGGGAUAAGAUGAAGCACCUUCUUGGAGUUUCCAUGCUGGUCAUUGUGCCAGACAGUAAUAGAAAUUUCCAAGGAAACUAUAUUUCGUACAUUGAUGGAAAUGUAUGGAAAGCAUACAGUUGGACCGAGAAACUAAUUCUCAGUGAAAAUUAUUUGACUGAAUUAUAUAAGGAUUCAUUUGAAGGCCUGCUAUCCCUCCAGUAUUUAGAUUUAUCCUGCAAUAAAAUACAGUAUAUUGAAAGACGUACCUUUGAAUCACUACCAUUUUUGAAGUUUAUAAAUCUUGGUUGCAAUUUACUCACAGAACUGAGCUUUGGAACAUUUCAGGCCUGGCAUGGAAUGCAGUUUUUAUACAAGUUAAUUCUCAAUCGCAAUCCUCUGACAACUGUUGAAGAUCCGUAUCUCUUUAAAUUGCCAGCAUUAAAAUAUCUAGACAUGGGAAAAACGCAAGUUCCACUUACAACACUUAAGAACAUUCUCACGAUGACUGUUGAACUGGAAAAACUGAUCUUACCUAGCCAUAUGGCCUGCUGCCUCUGCCAAUUUAAAAACAGCAUUGAGGCUGUCUGCAAGACAGUCAAGCUGCAUUGCAACAGUGCAUGUCUGACAAGCACCAUACAUUGUCGUGAGUCCAGAUUGCCUGGUGAUCAAUUAUUACAUUAUUUUAAGUAUUUGUUUUUAAACUUUUUACAAUGGGAAUACAACAACGUGGGCACUGACCUGUCCUCCGAACCCAAAAGCUUCGAUUACCCGUUGCUCUCGUCCGCAGGUGAUCAGUUUGAAAUUCAGCUAACCGAGCAGCUACGGUCCCUCAUCCCCAACAACAAUGUGAGAAGGCUCAUUUCUCAUGUUAUCCGGACCUUGAAGAUGGACUGCUCUGACACCCGUGUGCAAGUGACCUGUGCCAAGCUCAUCUCCAGGACAGGCCUCCUCAUGAAGCUUCUCAGUGAGCAGCAGGAUGUAAAGGCGUCCAAGGCAGAAUGGGAUACGGAACAGUGGAAAACUGAGAACUAUAUCGAUGAGAGCACGGAAGCCCAGAGUGAACAGCAAGAGCCGAGGUUGAGCGAGGUGAGGACCCCACAGAAACAUGAGACCCAGAUUUCCCAUCAUUUAGCGUAUGCCAGGAAAGUGCCCACACAGGAGAACCUGGGAUGCCCAGGCCACAGCCUGUCUUGGCCAUGUAACUUUGGCCAUGACUGUGAUCUCCCACUUUGCUCAUUUAGAGAGAGAAAUAGAUCAGUACACAAGAUGAACUGUAGGUGAGGUGGGGCGGCUCACGCCUGUCAUCCCAGCACUUUGGGAGGCCAAGGUGGGUGGGUCACUUGAG